UGACCUUCGGCCUCUCGCCACUGUUACACCUCAAUCUACGUUGGCGUAAACGCCGCGGCCUCGAGCAUCCCAUCCGGUGGGGCGAGCGUCUUGGCCGUCCUUCUCUCCCUCGUCCUCCUGGUCCCCUCGUUUGGUUCCAUGCUGUGUCGCUUGGUGAGGGACUGGCUGCGAUUCCCGUGAUCAAAUGCUGCUUAGAAAGGAUGCCGGAUGUAAAUGUUUUAAUGACAACAACCACAACAUCAGCAUUUGAAGUAAUAAAGAACCUGCUUACAAGUGAUGUUAUAUAUCAGUUUUCUCCACUUGACAUUCCUCAUGUCAUUGAGGCAUUUCUCUGUUACUGGAGUCCAACUGCAAUCAUAUUGAUGGAAAGUGAACUUUGGCCAAAUCUUGUUAUGUGUGCUGCAAAAAAUGGGAUUGCAUUGGCAUUACUUAAUGCUCGGAUGUCCAGAAAGUCUUAUCAAAAGUGGUCUCUUCCUGGCAUUCAUCCCCUAACAUCGUUGUUAGUGUCAAAGUUUGUGCUGAUUGUCCCAUUGAGCACAACACAAGGAAUCAAUUUUCAGCUACUGCAGGCUUCACCGUUUGUCAUUAGUUUUUGUGGUGACCUUAAGUAUGGGUUUGUUUUCUUUUGGAGGUUGCUGGGUUUUGGGCCGUUAUUCCUUGAUUUUUUUUGUCUGGUUUUUUUUCUCGUUUUGCAAUGGCUGAGGCCGGGAGGGUUCGAAUCGAGAAGUUCAACGGUACUGAUUUUGCAUGGUGGAAAAUGCAAAUAGAGGCGUUGCUUGGUGAGUGCGAUUUGGACAUGGUACUGGAAGAGAAACCGGAUGGAAUGGAUAAGGCUGCUGAAGCAAUUUGGGAAAGGAUAAAAAGGCAAGAGAAACCGUCAGCAGGUAAUAGAGUGUUCUUGAUGAGGGAAUUGUUCAUGAUGAGAAUGAACGAGGGCAGCACAGUUGCUGAUCACAUUAAUGAGGUCAAUUCGAUCUUGUCCAGGUUAUCAUCAGUAGGCAUGAAGUUCAAUGAUAACACUCAGGCUAUGAUUCUGUUAUCUUCCUUGCCUGAUAGUUGGUCGGAAUUUGUGACAGCGGUUACUGAAACUGCCGGAACAGGAUAGUGUUUUGGGUGAAGACAUUCUCCGGCGGAACGCUAGUGGAGGAUCUACUUCUGGGUUACUCAGUGUUAGUAGGGGAAGAGGUAAUAACAGAAACAGUGGGAGUCGUGGGAAGAGCUCGUCUAAGGCUGGAAAGAAUGUGGUGUGCUGGGUCUGCAAA